ACCGCCGCUGCCACCAGCGUUAUCGUCGUCGUCGUCAUCGCCGGCGCCGCGACGCCCAGUAGCUGCCGACGUGUGCCGCGUCUCUUCGGAGCAGUGCGUGUCCACCUGUCGCGACAACACGUCCUCCUCCUUCUCCCUCCCUCUUUCUCUGCCACUCUGUUUCCGUCUUUCUCUCUUCUCCACACUUGUUGACGUUUUUAAAAAUUCCUCCGUUCGCACGGGAGUACGCGUCGUCGCGCGAGCCGCGCACGUGACAUCGUCGCGGAAGGACCCCGCGUGGUUCCUCAUCUCUGGUGGUCGUCGUCCACCUCGCGUCUUCGCGGCCGGAUCCUCCUCUCCGGCUGGACGUUCCGGUCUCCCGCUCAGUCACGAAUCGCUCAGCCGGUGAUCGUCGGGACGGAGGAACGCCCGCCGUGCGGCCCGCUCGAGCGCCCGCAGGAGAGGAAGCUGUCAAACGCCGCACACGACAGCCUCGUCGCGCAUGGCAGGAUGCUGAGAUUCCACUCUCCGAGUUGACAAACGACCUGGCGAAGCGGACGAGGCGGAGGAGAGAGGGAGGAGAACUUCUCGGUCAAGGAAGUGAAGCGCUCGCACGGAUCUAAUGAUCUCCGGACGGGCGAUUGGCAGAAUGACGUCAACGUCACGUAUGUUAUCCCCGUCGGCGGAACAAACUUUAGCCACGCUAGUGUCUACGUUAUUCCCCGCGAGAAUACGAAGAAGAUACUUGUAAUCCCUGUUUCUAAUAGAACACGAGAAGCCGAGACUGCGGUUAAUUGGAUUCUUCUGUGAAGGCUCGCAGGAACGGCGAAAAAGUCCCUUCGAGGAUCCCAAUUGCGUGUGUGCAUGUGUGUGCCUAUGUGUGUUUGUGCGUAUGGUUUGUGCCGGUGCGCCCAUCGAAGCGGUUCUCAUCAUCAUCGGCCCCCAACGGAAAGAAUACCUAUUGUCGUCCGAGCAGAAGAGACCCGCGCUUGAUCACCUCCGAGAAGAGUCACAAUGAUGAACGCAACAAUGGAUAUGAUCGAUCUGUUUGAGAACCUUACCUACAACCACUCGACGAUCUCGCCGAACUGCGAGGCCAACCUGCCGAUCAUCGCGCUGGUGAACCAGGUUCUCUACUCCAUCGUCUGCGUGGUCGGCCUCCUCGGCAACACCUUGGUCAUUUACGUGGUGCUGCGCUUCUCGAAGAUGCAGACCGUCACGAACAUGUAUAUCGUGAACCUCGCAAUCGCGGACGAGUGCUUCCUCAUCGGCAUACCGUUCCUCGUGACGACCAUCAGCCUGCGCAGCUGGAUCUUCGGCAAGAUCAUGUGCAAGGUGUACAUGAUCACGACAAGCAUCAACCAGUUCACCAGCAGCAUCUUCCUGUUCAUCAUGAGCGCCGACCGUUACGUCGCGGUAUGCCACCCGAUCUUCUCGCCGAAAAUACGCACGCCCUUCAUCUCCAGGGUGGUGUCCCUCAGCGCCUGGGCCACCAGCGCGCUCUUCAUGGUGCCCGUGUUUCUCUACGCGAACGCCAUGGAGUCCCUGGAAGGUGUGGUGAGCUGUAACAUUUAUUGGCCGGACGAUCACGGCGGCCAGACCACGUUCACCCUGUACACCUUCAUCCUCGGCUUCGCCGUGCCUCUGUUACUCAUACUCAAUUUCUACUUCCUGGUGAUCAGGAAGCUACGCACGGUCGGGCCGAAGAACAAAUCGAAGGAGAAGAAGCGCUCGCACCGGAAGGUCACCAAGCUCGUACUGACGGUCAUCACUGUGUACGUGUUCUGCUGGUUACCUUACUGGGUGACUCAGGUCGCGCUCAUCUACACCCCGCCCAAGCAGUGCCAAAGCAGCAUCAGCAUCACCAGCUUCCUGCUGGCCGGCUUCCUCAGUUACAGCAACAGCGCGAUGAACCCUAUCCUCUACGCUUUCCUCAGCGACAACUUCAAGAAGAGCUUCCUCAAGGCAUGCACCUGCGCCGCUGGCAAGGACGUGAACGCGGCCUUGCACAUUGAAAACAGCGUGUUUCCACGCAGGCACAAGGCCAACGUCGACCGGCUGCAGCCCAAUCGGAUCAUCACGUCCGGCCAGUCGAGACUGGAGCUCGAGGACGAAGACGCCGAGAGGGGACUGCUUAUCAGCAAGACCUCCACCACUACAGUGACCAUGACGUCGCGGUCGAACAUCACGGUUAGCAGCGAGCACAGGGACCCGACGCAGAGGGAUAAGGAUCUCGUGAAAAAUGGCGCACAGCUGACUCUUUUGACGCAGGUCUAAAGACCCAAGCGACGCACGCGGCUUUUCCUUUCUCUCUCUCUCUCUCCUCCCCUCUUUCUCUCCCCCUCCCUCCCUCCCUCCCUUUCUCCUUUUCUCUGCGGAUUGCGGAAACGAUUGAAUCGCCGGGGCUGGCAUCUGGAUCCCGCGAUUGCGCCGAUAGCUACACUACCCUUAAUUACUGCGCUCUCACGGUCACCAUAGUGAGUCGGGUUGUCUAGAUUAAGCGCGACGGAGCUUAUGAGGAUGCACUCGAGGAGGCGCUGUCGACGGAUGUCCAUGAUUGAAAAAUCACUUCGAAAGGUUUCGUACAGCGCGACGCAAGGUCGAAAUAUUCCCGACGAGAGAAUUCAUGCAACGGCACGCUUUUCGUAGGCGGAUGAGUAGGACGCACGUGGUCGAAAGGUAGAAGAUCAAUUUCACCAAAAGAGAGAGAGAAAGAGAGAGAGAGAGAGAGAGGGUUGAUAGCCUAGGAAUAUCUGCGGCGAUCGACGCGAGACGAGUCACUCGGGGCGAGUUCGCGCAAUGCUCACGGAACGACAGUGCUAAACUUGAAGAAUCUUGGCGAGUUUCUUCUGCCUGAUGGUUGUACUUGCUGACGGGUGAGGCGCCAUUUACAACGUCGACGAGAGCCACCCCAGACAAGCCGAAGACACCGCGCUCAAUUCCCCGCGCAACGACCUGCUCGUCCAGUCAAGAUGCUGUUCCUUCACGAUAGAUGAGGGAACACCGGAGAGAAGAUGAACUCUAAUUCUUCAUCCGGUUAACUCGGACUCGUAUCGCUGGACCGAGCAUGAAAGGUCACAGUGAUCGAUGACCGUCUCAUUUUGGCGGACUUCCGAAAACACCGAAAGCCGUGGUCGCUGAAAGAGUUUGUAGAGAGAAAUAGAGAGAGCGGAGGGGGGGUCGAUAUUCUCUCUCGGACAUUGAUCUAUGGACUCUCGCGUGUUCUCUCCGUGAAGAGAUUUCGUGAUUACUUAUCCGCGCGUUUUUGGACAAACGGCGUCGAGCAUGUUUGCCUCGAUUCGUCUUGCGUUCUUUCCCCCCCUCCCCCUCCCCUCUCUCUCCGACUCUCACGCGAUAAGAUGUAACAAUUAUCGUGUAUGUAAGCGGGAGGGAGGGGAGGUAGGUAGGAUAUAUUCGUUAGAUCUGGUCGCUCGUACGACUAUUAACGUUCCAUUAGCGCGUACAUAACAAUUCGCGCCGAGCCGUCAUGAACAAUUAACGGAUCGUCUUAAGAGUGCGCCGUGUGCCAAAAUAAGCAUCGCUCCAUUAACGCGGGACGAGAAGGAACCUCACGCAAGGGGUCGCGAGUGCUUUCGCGAGGACUCACGAGCGAGCGCCUGCUCGAUUCGGUGCGCUGCGUGGCCUAAGUAAUAAUGUCGAAGUCGCGGGGAAGUUACAUGCGGCCCCCCUCGCUCUCUUUCCCCCUCGCGCAGCUCUCGCGUCUCGUUGUGUGAACCCGCGGCCCUUUCUUUACUUUCCCUUAAUGCUUCCUUUUAUUAUUACGUCUUCUUUCGGCCACCCGGUAAGAAGACGUACAAAAUGGCGGGGAUCGUAGCAAUACUUAACGACUGUAAUUGCGAGCGAUAUAUGUAUACAGGGUGUUUAUAAGAAGGGCUCAGGACCCUAAAGGCAGAUAGUACUCAUGAAGUGGAGGAAGAAAGUCCUAAUAAAAAUGAGUCGGGGAAUUAAUAUUGUCGGAGUUGGAAACAAUUAUUUAUUUGAAUUAUAGCAAGUGAUUUCGCUUCUGGUGCUUUUCUCUAAUGUAAUUUUCCUGUAUUACUGAGCAAUUGUUAGUCAAAUAUUCUCACGAACAGUGAACAGUUGCAGAGAAUUAUUACAAAAUUCUUACAAUAUUCUAAUACUAGGUAAGAAGAUGUGGACAUCGUAUUACUCUAACGAAGAAAUGGCAGAAAUGCAUUCCUUAUACGUUCGUGCACUAGAAGCGAGUAAAUCACUUGCUUUAAUUAGAAUAAACAAUUAUCCAUAAG